UAUGUGUUGUUACAUUAAUUUAAUCACUCGGGAUGAAAUCUUAGUGUUUGAAGUGCUUGAAGAAUAUCCAAGAACAUUCAAAGAGAAUUUCAAUUAAUAAAUAUCCCGAAGUACAAUUCCUGCCGUGAUAUAAUCAGAGGGAGCGAUUCUCACAGUGAGAUCAAAGAGCAAAAGUUCGAUUGGAUAUCCUCGUUCAAUGCGUAAAUUGGAUGUGUCGUGCGAUACAUAAAUUGGACGCGCUGUGAUAAAGAGCUCAGUGACACUUUUCCGAAUCAGAAGAGCAGGGAGAUUAAUGUCAACGCCUAAUGUUAGCCUGCUCGAUGCUAAUUUGUAACACGAUUAAAAACGGUACUCGGCGAGUUGAAACGAAAGUCAACCAAGUAACACAAAACGGGAUUUCACCUGUGAGAGGAAUCACCGGAAUCAAUUUCUGAUGAAACCGUGCACGAGAGAAAUGUGGCCUAGAGAGGAAUGCCGCACAAUUUUACGAUGAGAAGAAACCAGAAGAGCGCCUCGAGUCGUCACAAAAUCGACGACUGAUUAUGACGCGCGUCCACACGCAGCGGCAUUUCUCUCGUCUCCUCCUGUUGUUCUCUUCCUCCGGAGCCCUCCACGCACGCCAUUGCCUGACCCUCCUCCUUCUCGGUCUUACCUUUCUUCGCACAGUUUUAUCGUGCGACGAAAAGACUAGAUCCCAGAGCCGUGACCCGAACCCGCUUCCCUGCCACGUUGAGGUAAGAAGAUACAUGGAGCAGAAGAAUCUCGAUGUUCCCAGAGUGGUAUCGGAAUGGAUGCAACGCGAGAAAGAAGUUUCGAAUAUGAUUAGUCAAAGUACUAGCGAUGUGGGCGGUGAUGAUCAUCAUCUCAGUGAUUUGUUUAAAAUCCAACUCAAUCGCGAAAGAUCUGAUCCGGCAGUGACAAAACAAACACACGAUAUCGACGAUGGUACUUUUGUGAACAUUAUUCAUAAUGAUCAACGCGGUGAUCAAGUGCAUUCCGAACCUACGACUAAUUAUCUGAAACGGAAAUAUGAUGAUCGAUUUAACGAUCCUGCGGAAAAUGAGCAAGUUAGCAGCGAAAUUAAUUUAAAAAAUAUGAGACAAAGUGAAAAUAAUGCGAAGAAUUGGUUAGAUAAUCUGAUCAGGAAGCAAUGUAGCAUGCCGACGCUCCAAGCUACUCCUUACUUCUCGGCAAAUGAGGUUGUGAGCGAAGUGCAAUUUCAGGACGAUCAAGAUAGCGAUAAUGAUGCAAGUUUGGCGAUUUUAGAUGGACCUCGUCAAAGUGCCGAUAAUUUACUCGAGAGCUCUGUUCACGAUCGCAAUGAGGGUACAUUAAUCGAGGCUCCGAUCGAUCAGUUGCAUUUGCGCGAGGCUUCAAAUAUCAAUCAUCUGGCAAUACCGAUGAGAAGUCGACGAAAUCGUAAUGAAGUCGAUCUCGAUGAAGUGAAACGAACGGAUCUAAACACCGGUAAUUUAUUCGCCGAAACGCUCAUUAAUCGCGCGAGUGAUCGCAUGAGCGAUUUUACAUCUCAACGAGAGAGAGACUCGGGCGAGAGUGAGACUUCAAGUCGACCGAGUGAGCGCGAUAUUGACGUUGCGGCAAAUCGACGCGGCGACGAUUCGGGAAUGGGUCGAAACAAUCGUAAGACUGUCGAUUUCGAGGACAUGAAGCAAACUCAUUUGGAUGGCCGCAAUAUCCACGCUCUUGAUAAUCGAAGCCGCGGUACAAGUAGAUCCGAAAGCACGGUUGAUUACCUCUUCAGUGAGAGCGAGGACAACUUCAACGUUGCUAAUGAGUCUACAAACUCGUACACUUCAUACGUCGGUACAAUCGCGAUUAAUACAGUUGCCAAUAACUUUGUCAGCACCGCUUCCAUCGAGGACCAAGUCGAGAUGGACGGAAUUUCGGAAACCGAGAAUCAAACCGAGAUCAACUUGAAUACCGAUGGAACAGAAAUUUCGACCGUGGAUUGUCGCGAUAGUGCGUGCUCGGAAUCGAGCGUUAACGAUAAUGUAUCGGUAUUUAGAACGAAAAAAUAUGGUAGAAAGAAGGAAUUGAAUCGGAAAAAUAAAGGUUAUUUCGCACAAGUCGACGUAUCAACGAUAUCUGUCAACGACAAUAAUACCAAUAUCGACGUCGUUGACAGCGAAGCGUCUUUCACAGGUUUCAAGGGUUCUCAGAAAUUCCCUGUAAAAAUCAAUCAUAAGUCGCGGUCUGAACCGUCGCAGGUUGAAAAGUUUGACAGGCGACACUUUGGUCCGCGCAAGGACAUAUUUGAAGAAAUAUCCACAUAUCCGAGUACUAUACUCGACUUACCGAAAAGUCCCAGCAGAGACGUGCUUCAUCGUCAUCGCAAAACGGACGAUGGUUCUGACGUCGGACUGGACGAAGAGAAUAAUAAAGGCGAGGAGAUGAUCGAGAGGAAUGAGAAACGAAACGAUACUUUCGACGAGUCCUGGCUGCUCGAUAUGUCGUCGACUGGUGUCAAAUCGAGCACCGAAAAACUCGCGACGACUCCAAAUGUCACAUACAGCGACUUCGAGAACGUGACGAAGAAGGAUAAGAACGCUUUCGAUGGAAGGAUGGCGAUCGAUGUAACAGAGCCGAGUAUAAGACCGAUAGAGAAGACGAAUAUAACCAUCCUGGGUCUCUUCGAGAUGACAUACGGAGCGAAAACGAGACCGGAAGGAUCCUAUGAGCUUCAAGCAGCGAAAUUAGCGGUCGAGCGAGUCAACGAAUCGAAUGUGUUGAAGCGCUUCCGUCUUCGACUUAUUUACAAUGAUACUAAGUGCGAUUCUGGAGUGGCCGUGGACAGGUUCUUUCAUGCCUUGUACUCGAGGAAGAAGAAGUAUCCUAUGCCAUUCUUGCUCGGUACCGCUUGUUCCGAGGUCACUGAAACAUUAGCCAAGAUUGUACCCUAUUGGAACGUGAUUCAAGUAUCGUUUGGCUCGACGGCACCGGCCCUCUCGGAUUCCAACGAGUUCCCUCUGUUCCUACGAACCGUUGCACCCGACUCGAGUCACAAUCCGGCCAGGAUAGCAUUGAUCAAACACUUUGGAUGGAACAGCGUCACGGCUCUCUCGCAAACAGGCGACAUGUACUCCUUGGCAGUGAACGAUCUGGUCACGGAACUAGAGGAGGCGAAUAUCACGUGCACCGCUACCAUCACGUUCGCUGAGAACGAUUAUAAGGAACAAUUGCGAACUUUAAAGGAGAAGGAUACUAGAAUAAUUAUCGGAAAUUUCUCUCCGCAAUUGGCUCGACGUGUGUUUUGUGAGGCCUGGAAGCUCGGGAUGCACAGCGGUGAUUACGCUUGGAUAUUGUCAGGUGAUACCGUCGACUCAUUGACGAAUGAUUGGUGGUAUGCUAAUAUCGGAGAAUGUUCGCGCUCUGAGCUGUCGCAGACUUUGGAUGGUUUAAUCAUCGUCAAGAGCCAUGCCACGGUCGUGGGAAACGAGACCAGCGACUCAGGAUUGACCAGUGCGAAAUUUACUUCAGAGCUCGUUAACAGAGGCGUCAAGGACUCGAAAUUCGCAGGACAAACAUACGACGCCGUGUGGGCCAUGGCCCUUGCCCUCGCUAAAACUGAGGUCCUUCUAAAUCGACAGAACGAGAGCAUGGCACAGUACACGCAUACAAGAAAGGAUCUCACUUAUCGUCUACUGGAGCAGCUGAAACUGCUGCACUUUAUCGGAGUUUCGGGACCGGUUUCCUUCGAUGAUGCAGAUCGCGUGGGCAUCACGGCGUUUUAUCAAAUGCAUGGACACAUUAUGAACAAAAUAGCCAUCUACACUCCCGAAGAUGGGAAACUGAUAAUGAACUGUCCAGGAUGUGUGGCUACAAGAUGGCCCGGAGGGCAAGUGCCAGCGGCUCGCAGAGUCUUCCGAUUACGAAUGGUGACAGUGGCACCUGCUGCAUUCCUCGUCAUUACCUGCAUCGCCAGUGUUGGUGUUACUUUGACUCUUGUUUUCCUGGCCUUCAAUCUUCACUUUCGUAAACACAAAAGCAUAAAACUUUCAAGCCCAAGGCUAAAUAAUAUGGCUGCCGUUGGUUGUGGUCUGGUCUAUGGUGCUGUUAUACUUUUGGGACUGGACGAUGCCACAUUGCCCGACAGCGAUGGUUAUUAUCCUACGGUGUGCAAGGCAAGAGUAUAUCUCUUAUCGGCCGGCUUCUCAAUGGCUUUUGGCUCAAUGUUCACAAAGACUUAUCGAGUACACAGGAUUUUCACCAGGAGCCGAAGCGGGGUCGUGAAAAACAAGUUGCUUCAAGAUACCCAGUUGAUAUUCUUGAUCUGCAUGCUCCUGGUGAUUGACGUUGUCGUGGUAACGCUGUGGGUGAGUUUAGACCCGAUGCAACGUCACUUGCAAAAUCUGACCCUAGAGAUUAGCCCGCAAGACCGGGGGGUCGUCUAUCAACCUCAGGUGGAGGUGUGCCGUUCGCAGCAUACGAACGGCUGGUUAAGCGCUCUCUAUGUUUACAAAGGUUUAUUGCUCGUAGUCGGGGUUUAUAUGGCAUGGGAAACGAGGCACGUAAAGAUUCCAGCCCUAAACGACUCGCAAUACAUCGGUAUGAGUGUGUACUUUGUAGUAAUCACAUCAGGUAUCGUCGUAGUGUUAGCCAACUUGAUGCCCGACCGCGCGACUCUGACCUUCGUCACGAUCACUGCCCUCAUCUUGGCUUCGACGACGGCAACCUUGGCGCUACUUUUUCUGCCCCAAUUGGCGAACAUACUAGCGGGUGAAAGAGCCGAUCCGGUCGUGCAGAGUUUCGGUCUCAAGAUCGAAUGCAACACGCGUAGAUUUGUCACCGAUGACAAAAGAGAAUUACAGUAUCGCGUGGAGGUGCAAAACCGAGUGUAUCGACGUGAAAUGGCACAGCUGGAACUGGAAUUGGCGAGAUUGGAGAAACUACUGGCGCAAGAGCCAACGGAACCGUCGCGCGCCUCAUCAAGCACCUCGAUUCCGCAACGAAAUCCGAGCAUUGGGGGUGGUUUACCCCUAUUAUUGCUUAGUGUUCUGCCACCGGUUAUUCCCCGAGCCAGCUGGCCUUCGGCAGAUUCAUCUGGCAUACGUCGCGGUACGGUAGCAUUUAGCAGCCAGCCGGAUCUGGAACCGGACGAUCCCAGACAAAGCCUGGCCGACCUUUACAAACUGCAUCGUCGUCGGGAGACCGAGGGGCCGAAUCGCCUGGGUGUUUUUCAACGACUCUUCAGUCUCUUCGGCAGCAGGCCGAGUAGCAGGAAAACCUCCACCGCGUCGUUCACCGGAGUUGCAUCGGCGCUUCGUGUCCAUAUGGGUUACAUUGCUGGUUUAGUGCCUGGGACGAAGGCUGCCUCUACUUGCCAGGUAGAUGCCCAAGGCACUCACUCGCCUCAUGCACGAUGCGGUUCAGGACCAAUAAUUAGUAUUACUAGCGAGGAAGACCGUAGAUUGAGCCUAGGGCUACGUCGCAAGGAAAGUAGCGAGCCUAGAGUAAAUUUCAGCUUACCGCCACAGGCAAGCACGAGUCAGUCGUCUUCUCGAGAGAAGAUACGCGGUUCGCCCCGAUUUCCUCAUCGAAUAGUUCCAGCGAAUAGUUUAAGCGCUAUCGCGCAGGGUACAUCGAUUUCGAGACCGCAUCGUUGGCACUCGAUGGAAGAUGCGACGAAACCGAAGACUGCCCAAACAACAUCUCGUGGUUCAUGCAGUCCCAAUUUUGAUGUAUGGGCCACAAGUGAAGUCGGAGUUCCUUUUAGCGAACUUGCCAAUACUAUCAGAGGUAGGAAACCACCAGAUUCCUUGGCCUUGACUAUCACCGUAGACUCAACGGCGAGUCCGGUCGAUGCAAGAUUAGGCAAUGAUCUAAGGAAGCUAUUUAGGGAAAACGACAGUCAGGAUCCAGUCAGUCCUGCUGAAUACGAGCUAAAGACGACUCGGUCGAGUUCGUCAUCCUCUUCGUCUUUGAAGAUAAUCAAUGGUACAAGCGACUGUGUGCCCUUAAAGAACAAUUUUACUUCGGAAAUUCAACAGGACACUGUUUCAAACUUUUGUCAGGAAACAAAAUCUCGUCCAUCGAGUCCGGUAAUGUCAGUGAUCGAUACUGGUGGAUAAUCCAAGGGAGGAAUCAAACACUGACGUCGAUUCUUACAUCAAUGCUUCUUGCGAGAACAAGAGAUCGACUUCUAUAACGUAAUGCACAUGUGUGAUUGUUACAGAUUUAUCCAAGUUGUGAGAUCCAAGUGAUAAGUUGUUUAAGAGAGAACAUACACGUAUAUCGAGGAAAAUUUCUGAACAAUGUUGAUUUUUUCGUGUUCCACUCGCACAUUACUUAACAUUUUGACUUUUGAUAGAGUGAUUCUAUCAAAAUAUUGUAAUCGCA